AAUCGUCCUUUUUGGGUUUUAUUUUACAACAUCGAGAAAUUAUUGCCACUUCUAUAGUGGAAUCUUAUAUGGUGGAGUACAAAAAAGAAGAUGAAAUAGAAGAAUGGGUCAAGUGGCAGGCGAAAGAAGCCAGGAAAAACUGGUUAGAAGAUUUAAAUUCAAAAUUGACCUCAGAGUUAGAAGAGGUUGAGGACGUAAACUCAACCUUGCAUUCCGAGUUAGAAAAGGCGUACUCUGAGUUAAAAAAGGUGGUAGACGUACAUUUAAUAUUAUAUUCCAAGCUAGAAAAAUUGAAGGACGAAAAAAGAGAAAUUGAAUCUGAAAAACGAAUAACUAAAGAAGAAUGCAUCCUUGUGAGAAGAAGCUGA